AUGGCCAAUCAAGAAGAGAACAAUCAGGUAGAGAACAAGCUGUUGAGAGACUAUGCUGCACCAAGUGCUAGAGGCCUGAGAUCUAGUAUUAGAAGGCCUCCAAUUGAAGCAAAUAACUUUGAACUGAAGCCUGCUUUACUGAAUAUGAUCCAACAACAUCAGUUUGGAGGAGCACCUACGGAGGAUCCAAAUCUUCAUAUGGAAGUGUUUCUGGAAUUCUGUGAAACUCUUAAAUAUAAUGGAGCCUCUGCAGAUGCGAUCAGAUUGCGACUUUUCCCUUUCUCUUUAAGGGACAAAGCACGAGCUUGGUUACAUUCGCUUCCAUCGGACUGUAUCACAACAUGGGAGCAACUCAAGCAGAAAUUUUUAGAUAAGUAUUUUCCACCAAGCAAGACUGCUUCACUCCGUCACCAAAUCACAAAUUUUACGCAAAAAGAUGGAGAAUCUCUUUUCGAAGCUUGGGACCGAUUUAAAGGACUACUGCAGCAAUGCCCACAUCACGGACUGGAGAAAUGGCUCGUAAUCCAUACCUUUUAUAACGGAAUUUCCUACUCUACUAAAGUCUCUUUAGACUCUACUGCAGGUGGUGCGCUCAUGAACAAAACCUUAGAGGAGGCAUUCGAUAUUAUCGAAAGCGUGGCAUUGAAUCAUCACCAAUGGGCGAUAGAGAGAGAGAAUCCUGUUCGAUUGGCAGGUAAGUAUGAGGUGAGCGCUUUAGAUAGUCUUGCGGCAAAAGUUGAUGCAUUAACCUAUAAAUUUGAAAAUUUUAAUGUUAAUGCUGUUUCUAGUAUCAUCUGUGAGAUUUGUGGAGUGACAGGACAUUCAGCUAUGAAUUGCCAAAUAAUGGUCACGCAACCUACUGGAGCGCAGGUAGAACAAGUUGAUGCGAUAAAUAACUAUGCUCAAAAGCCAAACAACAAUCCGUAUUCAAAUACCUACAAUCCAGGAUGGAGAAAUCAUCCAAAUUUUUCCUACAGAAAUAAUCAAAAUCAAUCCGGGCAGAAUAAUUAUGGAGCGUCUGGAGGAUUUCAGCAAGAGAAGAAGUCUAACUUGGAAGUUAUGAUGGAAAACUUCAUUGCUACCCAAUCGAAACAAAAUGAUGAAUAUCGACAACACAUGGUGGAAUCUAAUCGGAAGCAUUCAGAGACAGCCGAAGCAAUCUCCCAAAUAUCCGGUAAGAUAGAUAAUUUAGCGAAUCAUACUAAAAUGUUGGAAAAUCAACUUGCGCAGGUCGCCGAUUCGCCCUCGAGAGUACCAGGGAGAUUUUCGGGAAGACCAGAAACAAAUCCUGUGGAGCAUUGUAAUGUGAUUACCUUGAGGAGUGGAAAGAGAGUAAAUGAGCUCAAGGAUAACCCAAAGCUAUUUCCGGACAGAGAAGAACACGACCAGGACGUGGUGAUUAGCACGCCCGUGCCAAUUAGCGAGAGAUCCUCCAGCGAACAGCACGCCCGUGUUGGAAUGAACAGCCAAAAAUCCCCACACUUAGAAAAAUACGUACCACCGAUUCCAUUCCCUCAGAGGAUAAUUAAGGCCAAACUUGAUGAACAAUUUGGUAAGUUUCUUGAUGUCCUAAGGAAGUUGUAUAUUAACAUUCCAUUCACAGAAGCCUUGCAGCAAAUGCCCACAUACUCAAAAUUUCUGAAAGACAUAUUGACAAACAAAAGGAAAAUUGAGGAGAGCGUAACGGUGGCACUGACGGAGGAAUGUAGUGCUUUAAUUCAAAACAGGUUACCUCCUAAACUCAAGGAUCCAGGUAGUUUUUCAAUCCCAUGCAUGAUUAGGAAUCAUAACUUUGAUAAAGCUUUUUGUGAUCUAGGAGCUAGUGUCAAUCUUAUUCCAUUUUCACUGUGUAAGAAAUUAAACUUGGGUGAAUUGAAAAUUACAACACUAGCUUUGCAACUUGCUGAUCGCUCUGUGAGAUAUCCUUUAGGUAUAUUGGAAAAUGUACCUGUCACGGUUGGGAAAUUUGUCGUUCCUGCAGAUUUUGUUGUUCUAGAAAUGGAUGAAGAUCCAUACAUACCUAUUAUACUAGGAAGACCUUUCUUGGCCACUGCAGGAGCCGUAAUUGAUGUUAAAAAUCACAAGCUGUCGUUAGCCGUAGGUAGCGAAAAAAUUGAGUUUGAUUUGUCUAAAGCUAUUAAACAACCCUUCCUGCAGAAUGUGUGUUGCAGGAUUGAUGAGGUGCAGAUGGUUGAAGAAGAGGAAGAACCGUUUCUCGGAUUCAGCGAUACACUGGAUGCAUACUCGGAUGAUGAAGACGUUGCAAAGAGCAGUGAAGAUGGAGGACAAAUCAACCUUGUGCGGCAUAUGACUGAAGAAGCGAGGUUAGAACAAAAAUCAUUGGAAAGUGAAAACCAUGAAUCACCGCAGGUAGAACUUAAACCUCUUCCAUCAACACUCAGGUAUGAAUUUCUUGGUGAUAAUUCUACAUUCCCCGUGAUUGUAAAUGCAAGUUUAAAUGAAGUAGAUACCGAAAAGCUGCUCCAUGUGCUUAGAAUGCAUAUUAAAGCCAUAGGAUAUACCAUUGAAGACAUAAAAGGGAUUAGCCCUUCAUUAUGCAUGCAUAGAAUUUUGCUCGAGAAAGAUUUUAAACCUUCAGUUGAGAGACAAAGGAGGCUUAAUCCUAACAUGAAAGAAGUGGUCAAGAAAGAGGUUUUGAAAUUACUAGAUGCAGGAAUAAUUUAUCCAAUCUCUGAUAGUGAAUGGGUAAGUCCGGUUCAUGUUGUGCCAAAGAAAGGUGGGAUGACAGUAGUUAGAAAUUUAAAUAAUGAGUUGAUUCCCACUAGGACGGUUACGGGGUGGAGAAUGUGUAUUGACUAUCGGAAAUUAAACAAAGAAACUAGGAAAGAUCACUUCCCACUUCCAUUCAUUGAUCAGAUGUUAGAUAGGUUGGCAAAACACUCCUAUUUCUGUUUUCUAGAUGGGUAUUCCGGUUUUUAUCAAAUCCCUAUACAUCCAAAUGACCAGGAAAAAACCACGUUUACAUGUCCUUAUGGUACCUUUGCCUAUAGGAGAAUGCCUUUUGGUCUUUGCAAUGCACCAGCUACCUUUCAACGUUGUAUGAUGGCUAUUUUUUCUGAUAUGAUUGAGAAUAUUAUGGAAGUUUUUAUGGAUGAUUUUUCAGUCUAUGGUACUAACUUUGAUACUUGCUUAAACAAACUUGAACGAGGAAUUGAAGUAGACACGGCAAAGGUGGAAGUAAUUGAAAAUCUACCUCCACCGACAAACGUUAAGGGAGUGCGAAGUUUUUUAGGACAUGCAGGAUUCUACCGGCGAUUCAUCAAAGAUUUUUCAAAGAUCUCUAAACCUUUGACAAAUUUGUUAAUUAAGGAAACUGAAUUCCUUUUUGAUGAAAAUUGUUUGGAUGCUUUUUCCAGGUUGAAGGAAGCUUUGAUCUCAGCUCCGAUAAUGCAAGUUCUCGAUUGGACUUUACCUUUUGAAAUCAUGUGUGAUGCGAGUGACUAUGCAGUGGGAGCAGUCUUGGGACAAAGAAGAGACCGGAAGGUACAUGCGAUCUAUUAUGCUAGCCGAACUCUGGAUGAUGCUCAGAUGAACUACGCAACUACGGAGAAGGAACUCUUAGCAAUUGUUUUUGCCUUGGAUAAAUUCAGAUCAUACCUCGUUGGCUCUAUGGUUAUUGUUUACACAGAUCACGCGGCCAUAAGAUAUCUAUUGAGCAAAAAGGAUGCUAAGCCAAGGCUCAUAAGAUGGAUACUUCUUUUGCAAGAAUUUGAUUUAGAAAUAAAGGAUAAGCAGGGAACUGAGAAUGUGGUAGCGGAUCACUUAUCAAGACUAUAUCAGGGACAGAGUGGGACCAAGGAGGAAGAUCUUCCAAUUGAUGACUGUUUUAUAGAUGAACAUCUCCUUGCUAUAAAAAGGAUUGAUUCUCCAUGGUACGCAGACUACGCAAAUUUUCUUGCUUGUGGAAUUUUACCUCAUCAGAUGAGUUACCAACAGAGAAAGAAGUUUUUUUGCGAUGUCAAGAGCUAUGUAUGGGAUGAUCCACUGCUUUUCAAGAAGUGUGCUGAUACUAUUUACAGGAGAUGUGUACCGGAGGAUGAAAUUUGUGAUAGAUGCCAAAGAACGGGGAACAUUUCCAAGAGACAUGAGAUGCCACUGAAUUCAAUUCUAGAAGUUGAACUUUUUGAUGUUUGGGGGAUUGAUUACAUGGGACCAUUUCCCCCGUCUCAUAACAAUAUCUACAUUCUGGUAGCAGUGGACUACAUAUCAAAGUGGGUUGAAGCUAUACCAUCUCCAACGAAUGACGCGAAGACUGUGAUAAAACUUUUUAAGAAAAUCUUAUUUCCUAGAUUUGGAAUUCCUCGAGCGGUGAUUAGCGAUGGAGGUUCACACUUCAUUGAAAGACAAUUUGAAAAUCUUCUCAAAAAGUAUGGAGUAACUCAUAAGAUUGCCUCUCCGUAUCACCCCCAAACCAGUGGACAAGUGGAAGUAUCAAAUAGAGAAAUCAAAAGCAUUUUAGAGAAAUCUGUGAAGCAUUCACGAACAGAUUGGUCAGAAAAAUUGGAUGACGCUCUAUGGGCAUAUCGGACAGCUUACAAGACUCCUAUUGGUAUGACGCCGUUUCGCUUGGUGUAUGGGAAAUCUUGUCAUCUUCCUGUAGAGUUGGAACACAAGGCUUUCUGGGCAAUACAAUUAUUGAAUUUCGAUCUAAAGAAUACCGGAGAGAAAAGAAGGCUCCAGCUUGAUGAACUAGAAGAACUCCGACUUGACGCUUAUGAGCAUGCAAAAUCCUAUAAAGAAAGGACUAAGCGUUGGCAUGAUCAACACAUUAUGCGUAGGGAAUUCCAAGAGGGUGAUCUUGUAUUAUUGUUCAACUCUCGAUUGAAACUCUUUCCAGGAAAGCUUAAAUCCAGAUGGUCGGGUCCUUUUGAAGUAAAGAAAGUUUAUCCUUAUGGAGCUGUGGAUAUAUCGAAUGAAACCACCGGAGUCUUCAAAGUGAAUGGAACAACUGCCCAGGUAACAGAGGAGAACACGGCCGUGCAAAUUUCAAACACGCCCGUGUUGGUUGCUGUCAGAUUCAUGGCGAAUACUAUUUUUGGGAGAGGGGACAGUGUUGGGGUAGCCAGGCUAAGUGAAUUGCAGUUUUUAUGGGCCAUGAUUAAUGAUGUUAAAAUUGAUUCUGGAGCUCACCUAGUUAGACAUUUUGUGAAAAUUGGGAAUAGCUCGACUGGAGUAAUUGUUAUUGGAGGACUUUUGACUAAGAUUGCAUUAGCUUUAGGGUGUGAGUUGGAUGGAUUGGAGACUUGCCCGGAUGUUAGGACCCAAGAUCUACCCACAGUAGGAGAGCCAUCUAUUCCACCGCAUGUACCGGAUUCCGUACAUCGUUUGAGGAUUUCAGAGAAAAGCAUACUGCGGAUAGAAACAUGUGGGAGCAGUUUGCUCAUACUUCAGAGGAGCAUUAUGAGCGAGUUGACAGGAUGCACAAAACCAGCCGAAUUACCCAGGGUAUCAGAACAACACGGCCGUGUUGUUGAUAAACACGGGCGUGUCGAGGUUUUCAGCGACCAACACGCUCAAGGCGUGUUAUUGAACACGGGCGUGGCGGAGAUGUUGAAGAGCGACGCAGGAAGCAGUGGAGGACAUGAUCAGGCCGUGUAA